AUGCUCAAAAUUCUUCUCCUUCUCCUCCUUGAUCCUCUCAAUUUCUGUCGUGGGCACUCUACCAACUACCAUGGUGAUUAUAUCCCCAAUUAUACAUGUGGUCCUUUCGACUGUGGUAAAUUCACCAGCAUCGGCUUCCCCUUCUACAAGUCUGACGUGCAGAAUGGCUCUAAAUGUGGACUUCAAAACUUCAAGCUCCACUGUCAAGAAAAUGGGGUGGUCAGGCUCAUGACAGAGGUGAAUAGGAGCUUCGAGGUCAAGGAACUCUCCCUCAGGGAUCAAAGGCUACUACUCGUCGACACGGAGCUCAUUGACGCUCUCUCCCAGAAUAAGUGCACCCUACCGCUGGAAGUAGACUAUGCUGGCCUUGGCUACAGUAAUCAAAGCCAAAAGAACACUUGUGUCAAAUUCACGAGAUGUGAGAACUCAGCCCCCGCGUGCACAGCCAAUGGCCUCAACUAUAGAUAUGGGGUGGAGAGAUGUGAACAUUCACUGGGGUACAAGCGCAUGAUCAUGGAUAAGUGUUGGGACCCCAAAAGGUACGCAGUGCGGCUUGAUAGUUUAGAAGCAAAAUGGGGCGAAGUGGUGGAGGUAAUCAGGGAUGGCUUCUAUGUAACCUGGCCUGGUGAAUCUAACAGAACUUCUGCCUACAAAAUCAUGAUAGGAAUCCUGAUGGCAAUCCUAGUCUUGGCCGUGAUCUCAUCAUGGGUGCUGAAACACAUAUCCAAGAAAAAGGCAAAGGCCUCCCCAGAUGUAGAGGAUUUUCUCAAGGAUUACAAAGCUCUCAUGCCCACAAGAUACUCUUAUGCAGAUAUCAAGAAGAUAACCAAUGGCCACUGUCAAAAACUGGGGCAGGGAGGCUCUGGGUGUGUCUUCAAAGGGAAGCUCUCAAAUGGUGAUUUCGUGGCUGUUAAGGUUCUAAACAAGUCGAGCGAUUGCACGGAUGCCUUCAUCAAUGAAGUGGCCACAAUGGGUAGGAUUCACCAUGUCAAUGUGGUUAGCCUUCUGGGCUUCUGCUCCGAAGGACACAAGAGAGCUCUUGUUUAUGAAUUCAUGCCCAAUGGGUCAUUAGAGAAGUUCAUCUACACCAAAGGAGCUAGAGCCAAUGGCUUGGGUUGGGAAAAAAUUUACGAAAUUGCGUUGGGGAUCAGCAGAGGGAUAUGGUAUUUGCACCAAGGGUGCAACAUUCAAAUCAUGCAUUUUGACAUAAAACCUCACAAUAUACUUCUAGAUAGUAAUUUCAACCCCAAGAUUUCUGAUUUUGGGCUAGCCAAGUCAUGCUCUAAGGAGAGUACCAUUUCAAUUAUGGCUGCAAGAGGGACACUUGGGUACAUUGCCCCUGAACUAUUCUCGAAAAGUUUUGGCUCUGUUUCAUGUAAGUCGGAUAUGUACAGCUAUGGAAUGCUCAUUCUCGAGAUGGUUGGUAGGAGGAAGAAUGAUGAUGUGGAUGUUGAGAAUCCAAGUCAAGUGUAUUUUCCGGCAUGGGCUUAUGAUCAACUAAGGCAAUGGAAAAAACUGGGACAAGGGGAAAUGACCAAAAACGAAGAGGAGAUUGUGAAGAAGAUGGCCAUUGUAGGGCUUUGGUGUAUACAGAUGAACCCUGCGCAUCGACCUAGCAUGAACAUGGUUGUUCAGAUGCUAGAAGGAAGUCUUGAUAGCUUGCAAAUGCCUCCUAAGCCUUUUGUAUCUCCCCACAGAGACUGUAUGCUCUCCAUGAUAUUAGAAACAAGUGAGAAGUAAAAUGUCUUCAAUGAUGAAAGUUUCCCACUAGUAGGGAUUGUAAGAACUUAAAAGGAAUUUUAUAUGUUUUUCUUCCUCGUAUGGUAAUAACUGUUUAAAUUAGAUGGUGACCAAAGAUGUACAGUUAAAAAUCAUGGGACAUAUAAUUCCUUACUUUCUAAAGUAGGGUCUGAAAACGAAGAAGAAGGAGAAGAAGA